AUGGAUUACGGUGACCGUCCUCCCACUUAUUUGCUACUUUUACAGGAAAAGUAUGCACAGGAGAUUUUAGAACAUGUAGGUAUGGGCUCUUGUAAACCUACAACUACUCCAGUUGACACUAAGUCCAAACUUAGUGCAGAUGCAGGACCACCUUUUCGGGAUCCUACUUUGUACCGCAGUUUAGCAGGUGCUCUUCAGUAUCUCACUUUCACUAGGCCAGAUAUUGCCUAUGCGGGUACUAUUGAUCAUGGCUUACAUUUAUAUCCAUCUGCUUCUCAUCGUUUGAUUACUUACACUGACGCACACUGGGGAGGUUGUCCCGACACCUUUCGUUCCACAUCGGGUUAUUGCUGCUUUCUUGGGGAUAACCUCGUUUCUUGGUCAUCUAAGCGUCAACAUACUUUAUCUAAAUCGAGUGCAGAAGCAGAAUAUCGAGGCGUUGCAAAUGUUGUCUCUGAGGCAUGUUGGCUUCGUAAUCUUUUACUUGAGUUACAUUGUCCUCUUCGACAGGCUACUAUUGUUUAUUGUGAUAAUGUCAGUGCUAUCUACCUUUCUGGCAACCCGGUACAACACCAACGCACCAAGCAUGUGGAGAUGGAUAUUCAUUUUAUUCGAGAAAAGGUUGCUUUGGGACAAGUUCGGGUUCUACAUGUUCCUUCUAGAUAUCAGUUUGCGGAUAUUUUCACAAAAGGUCUACCACAAGACUUAUUUUUGGAUUUUAGAUCCAGUCUUAGCGUACGACCUCCUCCCGCUAUGACUGCGGGGGUGUGA